AUGCCUGUCCUGGAGGUGAUCUGCAGCCUGAUUGGCUGGUUCAGUCUCUACCUGCUGUUCUGCUGGACCUUCACCCAGCGGGGACCCGAGUGGAACUGCCGGCUGGUCACGUUGUCCCACGGGGUCCUCAUAGUGCUGCUGACAGCGUACGUGCUCUUCAUAGACGGACCCUGGCCUUUCACACAUGCAGGUACAGAGAACACGGAGCUCCAGACCUUCGCCCUGGCCUUUUGCCUCGGCUACUUCUUCUUCGACAUGGGCUGGUGUGUGUGCUACCACACCGAGGGUCCCGUCAUGCUGGCACACCACGCCGCCAGCAUCGUUGGCAUCCUGCUCGCUCUGCUCAUGGGAGUGUCCGGCUGCGAGACCUGCGGGGUCAUCUUCGGCAGCGAGAUCACCAACCCGCUGCUGCAGACGCGCUGGUUCCUGAGGCAGCUGGGCCUGUACGACAGCCUGCUGGGCGACGCCGUGGACCUGCUCUUUAUCUUACUGUUCGCCACCGUGCGAGUGGGAGUCGGCACGGUGAUGUUUUACUGUGAGCUCACGUCUCCAAGGACCACACUCGUCAUGAAGCUCGGCGGCGUGGUCAUGUACGGACUCGCCUGGGUGUUCAUGGUGGACAUCGCCAGAUUUGGCUACAAGAAAAGUAGAGCCAAGUAUAAAAGGUGGCGAGAAAACCACAAGCUGAAAGAAAGCACAGAAAAACUGGAAGGACAUUCAGUGAAGAGUGACUGAAGGAAAUCAUCCGAAAAAGAAAAAAUCUUACAAAGCUUGUGUGCUGCCUCUGAGCUUCGACAGAUUUAAAGGUGCUGUACAAUGUGGUAUCAAUAAAUCAAUACUACAUAUUUGCAUUUUAUGUGUCAUUACCCAAAACUGAUGAGACUUGUUGCCACAGAAUCUCCUGGAUUGCUUUAAGGCACAAAACAGCAACAAGGCAAUUUACUUCAGUGAUGGAGAAAUAGAAGAAACAGCUCAAAACCAUUAAGUAUAUUUCAGUUAAACUUAUUUGGGCUUAUGAGUCCUAAAUCCACGAGCACAUUUUAAUAAGUAAGUAAUCAGAGCAACAGUGAGGAUAUGUGAGGGAUGUAUGAUGUCCAGCGUGUAUCAAAAAUUAAAAUAAAAAAAAAAAACCAGGGAAAUGCCCUGAA